AUGUCUACUGCUGCUACCCAACCCAGAACUUUUGAUUUUCCCUUCUUCUCCAAAUCCGAUGAGAUCACCGAGGAUGGUGUUCGAAUCAUCGGCAAAGAGAACCGGGAGAAGGCGAAAUAUCCCGAAUUUCUUCCCACCUGGGACCCCAGCCAGAAGUACCCACCAAUUGCCAAGGUCGAGUACAUCGACCCAGGUACGAGAGCAGACCCUCUGUUUGCCAACUUAUUGCCAAAGGGGGGCUCGCACACUGUCAAGAAAAUUACCCCCAAAUUCGGUUCUGAGAUCUCCGGGAUCCAGUUGAGCAGUUUAAGUGACGCAGCCAAAGACGAAUUGGCAUUGUUGAUUGCCCAGAGAGGCGUGGUGGUGCUUCGCGACCAGGACUUUGCCUCCAAAGGUCCCCAGUUUGUGGUUGACUAUGGAAAGUACUUUGGACGUCUCCAUAUUCAUCCAACCUCGGGAGCACCCAAGGGAUUUCCCGAGCUCCAUAUUGUGUACAAGAGACCAGAGCAGGGCGAAUUUGGCAGGUAUCUCGAGAAGAAGAACACCAGUACUGGCUGGCACUCGGACGUUGCUUAUGAGUACCAGCCUCCUGGGUACACUUUCUUUUCUGUGGUGGAAGGCCCUGAGGCUGGUGGUGACACCUUGUACGCAGACACCACCGAGGCCUACAACCGGUUGUCGCCUGAUUUCCAGAAGAGAUUGGAGGGGCUCCACGUCGAGCACUCGUCCUACGAUCAGGCCACAAAUUCCAGACACAGAGGAGGCGUCGAAAGAAGAACCCCUGUGACUCAUCACCACCCAUUGGUGAGAGUGCAUCCCGUUACCGGAGCAAAGAGUAUUUACAUCAGUAAGGGAUUUACAAAGAGAAUUGUGGAGUACAAGGAGGAAGAAUCGGCUGCGUUGCUCGAUUUUUUGUUCAAGCACAUUUCGGGGUCCCACGAUCUCCAGUUGCGGGCCAGCUGGGAACCAAACACGGUAGUGAUCUGGGACAACCGCAGAACCAACCACAGUAUCUGUAUCGAUUUUGAUGGGCCUGUGGCCAGACAUGCCUUUAGAGUGACCACCCAGGCGGAAAGACCCGUGGCCGAUCUUAAGGACUUGAACGUGUUCCGCGAGGAUGACGGAAACAAGUUUGUAGGAGCCCCUUUUGAGGCAGAGUAA